AUGUUUUCUUUUCCUCCUGUUCCAUCUCUUUCUCUUUUUUCUUUCUUUUGUUUCCUUUUACCUUUUCUUUAUGUACUUUCAUCAUUUCUUGAAUUACUUUUCCUUCUUUCUUCUUUUUCUUUUUCUUCUUCUUCUUUUACCUUUUCACUCUUUGCUUUUCUUUCUUUUUUCUUUCUUCCUUUUUCUUUUGCUUUUUUAAAUUUUAAUUUUGUUUUUAUUUUAUUUUUUCUUUCUUCCCUUCAUAUAUUAAACAUUCUUCUUUCUCUUUUUUUUUCUUUCUUUCUUUUUUCCUGUUCUCGAUUUCUCUUCUCUAUCUCUAUUUCGACCUUCUUUUGUCUGUCAAUAUUCUUUUUAUUCUUUUUCUUUCAUUCUUUGGUCUGUUCCACCUUCCCCCCGCCCGCACUGUACUUUGUCUAUCAUCCGCUUUUCUAUCUCUUGGAUAACCUACUCGCAUUACGAGCAAAACUUGAAGACAACAACGACAGCACCCACAGUCUUUGUAAUUCUUAG